AUGGGCUUUGGUGAUAUAGCUGCUACCAUCGUCCGGUUCAUCUGUCACCUCGCUUUGAGCGAUCCCCCAGGCUCAGCCCAGGUCUUCUUCUCGAACACACAGGGUGGACACUGGAAGAGGAGGAGUAGGAGGGUACCACCGUGGGAACUUGGUAGUGCUUGGGAAGAAGACUGGACGUGGUGGACGGAAAUAUCCACACCCAUACCACAUUUACACGCACAGAUGCAUGUGGCUCAGCAGAGCAGCAGCAUCAACAACAACAGCAUCCCGCGACAAGAGCAACAGCUGGAACUGCUGCUGGUGCUGCUGGUGCUGCUGGUCCUGCUCUCCCAGACCACCUUACCCACCCCUCCCCCUACCCUACCCUACGGAUCCAUCCCCUACCCUGCAGUCCCCUUCCCUCCCCGUCUCCGGGGGCCUGGCGGCGGCGACGGCGGGCGGGCAAAGCUCGAUGCCAUGCCAUGCCUAUCCGUACCCGUCUGGCAUGGCAUGGCAUGA